AGUUUGCAAUUGCCUGCGCAGUUUGCGUAAGAGCUUUUCCAGCGAGCAUGCAGCACAAGAGCAGACUCCCAUCCACCUGACAAGCCCGAAGACCACGCCUCUCGAUCGUUCUUCUGUACACAAGCCAUCACAACAACCGUUGACAGUAUCUGUGUGGGUCACAAUCUACAUUUAUAAAACCUAGCGCUGUUUUUGUGCAUGCAGCAUAAUGGAGCAGGCGAAACCCCGAACGGAGAACCUCCUCCGCUUUCCUUCAGCGCAGCAGCAGCUCCGCUCCAAAUGGCAACAUCACGGGUGAGGAGGUUCGCGCAGGAGGGGCGGACGGUCCCUCAGCCCACAGUGAUGGUGGUAUUUUCGGCUGCGAGCGACACCGAGCAGCAGGAAGAUGCGAUGUCGGGUGCGAUCACCGGGGAAGAGGAGUAUCACAAACCGGCCAUACCUGCUCCUAAUCUUACACUAGGGAAGUCUCUUCGCACUUUAGACGCACCUGAGGAGUUUCCUGAGGUCAUUCCCCUGAAUGUAGGAGGAGCAUAUUUUACCACCCGGCUCUCCACCCUACGACGUUAUGAGGACACUAUGCUGGCUGCCAUGUUUAGUGGCCGUCACCACAUUCCUCGCGAUGCAGAAGGACGAUAUUUCAUCGACCGAGAUGGCACAUAUUUUGGGGAUAUUUUAAAUUUUCUGCGAGAGGGUGAGCUGCCUCAUAGGGACCGAGUUCGUGCUGUGCACAGAGAAGCUCAGUACUAUGCUAUUGGACCUCUUCUGGAAAGCCUGGAAGAUACGCAGCCACUUACUGGAGAGAAAGUGCGACAGGCCUUUCUUGAUCUCUUACCCUAUUACAGAGAAAAUUUAGAACGCAUUGUAGAGAUCGCGAAACUUCGUGCCAUACAGCGGAAGGCUCGCUUUGCAAAGCUGAAGAUCUGCGUGUACAAGGAAGAGAUGCCCAUCACUCCUUAUGAAAGGCCGCUCUUCAACUCGCUGCGGUUUGAGCGCUCGGAGAGUGAGGCCAAGCUGUUUGAACACCAUUGUGAGGUGGACGUGUCGUUCGGGCCCUGGGAAGCUGUGGCAGAUGUUUAUGACCUUCUUCACUGCAUAGUGAGCGACCUGGCAGAUCGCGGUAUCACCGCAGACCAGCAGUGCAUCGGUGUUUGUGACAAACACCUCAUUAACCACUACUACUGCAAAAGGCCCAUCUAUGAGUUUAAAAUCACCUGGUGGUGAAAGGGCGGUGCGUUAAGAGGUUCACUUUUUUGCCAAGAAUAAGGAUGCAUCAGGUCCAACCAAGUGACGUUUGCUGCUGUCGCAAUUUCAUGCAACCAGCAGGAUUUUGGAAUCCUAUUCCAGUGUGCAAUAGAAUGACAUGCAUUCCGGGCGCUCUUUGGGAAUGCUGGUUUGUGAUCCGAAAUUAGCUUUUUUUCGGUAGCUGUGUUGAUCCCUUCGUUUUGUAGGUAAUUGUUUAGCUUUGAUAAUUUAGAAUAUACCCUACUUGGAAUUGUUUUAUUCAGUUAUAGUUUACAUGGGUUUUCUGGAAUCAUCCUCAAAAGAAAUUAAAGGGAUAGUUCACCCAAAAAUGAAAAUUCUGUCAUUAUUUAACCACUUUCAUGUUGUUCUAAACCUGUAUUAAUUUCUUUUUUCUGAUAAACACAAAUGAAUAUAUUUUGAUAAAUGAUGGUAAGCACCAUUGACUUCCAUAGUAGGAAAACCAAAUGCACUGUAAAAAUAUAGUUGACGCAGCUAUUUUUAUUUGAUUUAACUAAUAUGUUUAAGUUUAAUUAAAUCCAAAUUUUAAGGCAACCAUGUAACUUACUAUUUUAAGUUGAACCAACAAAUCUUUUUUUACAACGUGUACUGUGGACACCAAUGGGUACCAUCAACUUUGUGCUUACCAUCAUUUCAUUUUUAGGUGAACUAUCCCCUUAACUUACAUAAAACAGUGUUUUCUGUUCUAAAUAUAAUCUUUGAAAAGUAAGGUUUCAUGUUAGAUGUGCAAUGAAUGUAUUAAUAGUUUGACCAACAAAAUCAAUCAAUUGAACUUUAAGGUCUGCCAUUGCUUGUGUUGUACUAUUAAUGAAGGAUUUUCCCUACAGUAUUUUUUUCUUUGUUUUAUCUGACUUCAAUAUGUACCUGAUCUUUAUACAAAGCAUUAAAUGGCAUCCAAAAUCAUCUGGCAUUUACAGCCAUAACAAGCUUCACAAUAAGGCCUUCUAAAAUUAACCGUACAUCACUUUAAAUAUCAUUGACAGCUAUGUAUUAUACAAACUGUUUUCAAAGGAGAGUCCAAAAUAGAUUACCAAAUAUAUUAUUUUUAGGAUAAGAUUAUUUACUAGAUAUUAAAUGUACUAAAUAUGAAUUUAAAAGAGUAUAUUUAAAAUAUUACUAAAAGACUGUUAGCCAUCUUGUAUUUAUAUUACUUUGACACUUUGUUGACAAUUAUUUAUUGCUGCCAACAGCAUCUUUCUUUGCUUUUAAAAGCUAUAGCCUUCUGCAACAGCACAUGAGUUAGGAUCCUAUUUUUGUUAUGUAACAUUUCUUUUUGUUAUAUGUUUGAGAGCUGUGAAAGCCAUAUGAAGGUGCAUGAGCUCUCUGUGUUUUGGCAGCAGAGAAACUAAAAUUACAAUGCAUCUGAUAAUCCUAACUGGGGCUUACUGUAAGUCUUGCCCAGUUAAAUUUAUGUUGCUCAACUGAUACUUGUACCCUGUUGUAGAUUAUGUUUGUAUUGCAUUAAAGUACUUGCGAUAUUGUGCUGAUAAUAAACCAUAUAUUUUGCAAUGUA